CCCCCCCCCCCCCCCCCCCGCACUUUGCUCUAGCUCUCUCACAGAGGUCUCUCAGUCACCGAGCGGGGGGGGGGAGGGGGUGGUCGAGGUGGACGCAGACGUCUGGGGGAGGGGAGCGGUGGGAGAGAGCCACUCUCCCUGGUCUGCAUUUCCUGCAGUCACUGCCUCCGGUCUCUCCCAGCCCCGGGAGGAGCGACAAUUCCUGCAGCAAGCCUUCCCCACCCCCCCACACCCUGUUCCCACCACCCAACAGUGUACAGGAAGGAUUGGGAGAUGGAGAUGAAGAUGGAGGGGACCUCAUCUGCUGCCGAUGAGCCGAGCGAGAAUUCCGUACCUGUUUCUGGAGCGCUUGAGGCAAAAGCCCACUUCUGGGUUUGUCGGUUCAUCAUUGAGUCAGGUGUGAAACUGGGUAUGCACUCUGUUCCCAUGGCGACGGCCUGCACAGUUUACCACCGGUUCUUCCAGGCGACCUCGGUGCGGAAUUACGACCCUUACCUGGUCGCUAUGGCAGCCAUCUACCUGGCAGGAAAGGUGGAGGAACAGCACCUCCGGGCAACGGACAUUAUCAACGUGUGUCACAGGUACCUGAACCCCCAUUCCGAACCUUUGGAAUUGGAUUCCUGCUUCUGGGAACUCCGGGACAGCGUGGUGCAGUGCGAGCUGUUGAUGCUGAGGGUCCUCAACUUCCAAGUCUCCUUCCAGCAUCCCCACAAGUACCUCCUGCACUACCUGGUCUCGCUGAAGAACUGGAUGAACAGUCACGUGUGGGAGCGGACGCCAGUCGCGGUUACUGCCUGGGCCGCGCUUCGUGACAGCUACCACGGCACCGUGUGCCUGAGGUACCCUCCCCAGCACGUCGCCAUCGCCGCCCUCUACUUCGCCCUCCUCUGCUACGGGGUGGAGGUGCCCGGGGACGGCGCGGGGGAGAGGACCUGGUGGCAGGUCUUCAGUGAAGGAGUGACCAAAUCCAUCAUGGACGCCAUUGUGGAGGAGAUCGUGGAAAUCUACGAGAUGGACGCCAAGGCCUGAGGGGGGAGGAGGGGGGGGGGAAGGAAAAGGGUGUGGUUGAGAGUAGGGGGGCGCCCCCACCACUCCCAACCCCCCCAGCCCCUUCGGCAUUCCGGAAGCUUCCAGAACCUCUAAGAAGGCCCGAAAUCCAGAGACGUCGGUGGAGUUGGGGGGGGAAUUGGACUCAACGUGGUGGGGUAUCUUUCCGAUAGUCGGGUGUGGGGUGUGUGCAGACAUUCACCCCCCCCCCCCCCCCCACCACUAACCUCGCGUCGUUACGGGUUAUUAAAGGUUUACCCAACCCA